AUGACACGUGACAUAUCUUCCGUAUUACCCCUUAUAAACACCAUUGGUCCAUAUAAUGAAGUACCUGAAGAAUACAACUCACAAGAUUCAAUCACUACAUUAACAACAAGUAAAAUAUUAGUCAUAGGCGCUGGCGGACUAGGAUGUGAGAUCCUUAAAAACUUAGCCUUAACUGGAUUCAAAGAUAUACACGUCAUAGAUAUGGAUACAAUUGAUUUAUCCAAUUUAAAUCGACAAUUCUUAUUUCGAUCUCAAGAUAUUGGCAAAAGUAAGGCAGAAACAGCUGCUAAAUUCGUGAUGGAAAGAAUAGAUGAUCCUGAUUUGAAAAUCACCCCAUAUUUCGGCAAGAUUCAAGAUAAGCCGGCUGAAUAUUAUCGUCAAUUUCAAAUAGUCAUAAGUGGAUUAGAUUCAAUAGAAGCAAGACGUUGGAUAAAUGCAACCUUGAUAUCUUUGGUAGAUGAUGAAACUUUGAUUCCACUUAUAGAUGGAGGGACUGAAGGUUUUAGAGGUCAAUCUAGGGUUAUCAUCCCCACGAUUACUUCGUGUUUUGAAUGUUCUUUGGAUUUAUUAUCACCAAAAGUGACAUAUCCUGUAUGUACAAUUGCCAAUACUCCUAGAUUACCUGAACAUUGUAUAGAAUGGGCUAGUCAAUUACAAUGGACGAAAACUUUCCCCAACAAGAAGUUCGACGCUGAUGAUCCAGAACAAGUUGAAUGGAUGUAUCAAACUGCAUUGAAUCGAGCUAAAGAAUUUGAUAUUUGUGGAGUGACAAAACUGUUGACAUUAGGAGUGGUGAAGAACAUUAUCCCGGCUAUUGCAUCUACGAAUGCAAUUAUUGCUGCUAGUUGUUGUAAUGAAGCAUUUAAAUUUGUAACUAGUACAAAUCCAAUCUUGAAUAAUUAUAUGAUGUAUUCAGGUGAUGAUUCAAUUUUCACAUAUACAUAUUCAUAUACUAAAAAACCUAAUUGUCCAGUUUGUGGGAAUUUAGCGAAGUAUAUUCAAGCUCAGAAUUGGUGGACUUUACAACAGUUUAUUGAAGAGAUUAGUAAUAAACAAGAAAUUCAAAUGACUAGACCAUCUUUAACGGCUGCUGAUAAAUAUUUAUAUUUAACUAGUCCACCAGAAUUGGAGAAAUUGACAAAGGGAAAUUUAUCAAAGAAAUUACAAGAUUUAAUAAGUUCAGGUGAAGAAAUUGUUAUAACUGAUCCAAAUUUACCGAUUUCUAUGAGAUUAAUUGUACAAUUACUGGGAUCUUCUUUUGAUCCCGAAUUCAAUUAG